AGAAACGUCAUCAAUCAGCUGUCGCGAUCGCGGUCAUUUGAAAUUUUGUUAGGUAAUUCGGGAUAAUUUUCAUUCAUGUUUUUGGCUAUUGUUUUAGCUGAAAGUAAUUUUAGUUUAAUUUAAAGCUACACAAGCAAUCCUGUUUGAGUUCAAGUUCUGCAAUUGAGUUGAACUUGUGCUUUUGACAUUACUUUGGUCUCGAACGGAGUCGGAGACGGAGAGACUCCUCCGAGACCCGGAACCGCCUGGCUGAGGCCCGCAACGCCCAAAACAACAACGGAGCCAAUCGGUCCAGACAGGCGCCAGGCGCGGCCCAGGACCAGGACAUGCAGGGCAAGGCCAAUGUAAAGGAGUCAGGGGGUGCAGAAAAGAUGAUGGAUGUCUCAUCUGAUACACCAACAUGUACGUAUGGGACUAUACAUACAGCGAGAAGAAGCAAGAGACUGCAAAGGAAAGCUGAAGAUAAAGAGUUUAGUGAGGCAAUGAACAAUUCCCCCCUUGGAUAUUUCUCUGUCUUACCAGAAGAGGUCAUGUACAUUAUCUUUUCUAAACUUCCAACAAUGGACCUCAGCCACCUAACCCUUGUGUCAAAAUCAAUGCGGGACAUCGUGAUGGCGUACAACCUCACCAAACAAGGCAUAAACAAGCUCCUGUCUACAGGUUGUGCAAGGAAUAAGAGCAAGAAGAAACGGAUUGAUCUGUGUUACUGCUUCAAAGACUUGGGUUUAUUGGUGAAGAGAUCUACUUGCCUAUACCCUACUAAGGAGAGACUGAGACUGAUGGAAACCUUGUUUAAAGAGCUAACCAGCAGUGUGAAGAUUGAGUCAUCGAGGGUCAACUACUGCUUCGGUCAGUUUCUCAGCAUCUUUGUGAGAGGGUGGGAGGAGAAGGAGUGUCAUCGAGCAUACUUUGCUAUCAUCGAACAUCAGAACCUUGCCCUUAAAAUAGCAAGUGUUCUGACAGGCAAGACAGGGGCCAAGAUUGGUCUGGAACUGGAAGUGAGGUCUUUCCUUCGAGGCGUGGUCCUGGACCAGGCGGACUCCUUGGAAGAUCUUGCGAUGUGGCUUCAUUUCAUCCUGAAACCCUACCCCAUGGUUCACCAAGCGAGGGUGCUCUUGCUUCUGUAUGGACCACUCAGUAGAAGUAGAGACCAGAUAGACUGGACAUUCAUGACCAACGAUGACCCCAUUUCAGCUCCUCUAAGCUCCGCCCCAUUCAGAGAUCUAGCCGUAGCCAUCAAAGCCCUGCACAAACACAGAGAUUGGAACACAGAUAGUGUCAUCAGUGUGCUAGAAGAACUCACAGGAUGUCCUACUGAAUGGCAAACUGAAAACACAGCCCGGUUACUUGUGAUGUGCGGGGAGAGCAUUUGUGUUCCAGUGCUGGCUAGCAAGGCUAUCAAUGGGAAGACCUCACAGCUAAGCUCAGUUAUCGUCGCACUGGCACUGGUCACCUAUCUGAGCAGUUUGAACAUGUCAUGGCUGAUCCACAUCUUACAAGAGAUAUGCAAGAUCGUACCAAACGAGCACGACGUCGAAGCCCUCAUUGAUUCCGUCGUUGACUACUUCAGGCACAUCAUUGUGACCAUACCUGAUAAUAACCAGCCAGGCCAUAUGAUGAUCUUUGAAGAUGUUGUGGAAGCCUACACCAGCUUCACCAAAGAGCUCAUGGUUGCUUCAAUCAUGCCUUCCUACAAACUCGGCUUAAAGAAUCGGAAUCAUGAAGAAUAGCUCCACACCUUCUUCCUCAUACAAAGAAAACUAUGUGGGGCCUGUAACACAAAGGUUUGCAAUUAAUCGCUAAUUGAAUCUAUCAAGGUGAUUGUUGCAUGCUUUGCUCUAGUAGACUGACUAGGAACCAAUCAGAAUUGUUCUUUCUUACUAACGAUCAAUCACAAACAUUUGUGUUACGGUGCCCAUCAGGUCUGCCACAUAACAAAAAGUUGGGCUAUUGAUCGUGGGGCUGAUUUUUGUGAUCGAUCAUAUACAAUAAUCAAUCUGAUCAAUUGUGAAAAUCUUCCCCACUAUCAAUCGCAAAGUAUAUAUAUAUGGUGCCACAGAGAACUGCCUGCAUGGGCAUCAUUGUUCUUGGCCCUGGUUGAACAAAAUUUUGUAAAUGAACAUGGACCGUUUGGGACUGAAUUUGAAAGUCCAUGUACAGUCAUCGUCCCCACCUUGUAGGACCAGUGCCCCAGAAUUGGGUCUUCAGCAUCUUUUUUUAUAUUGAAAUGAUAUUCCAUGCUUGGGACCAAAGUAUUGAUAUACAUAGCAGUUAUUCAACAUCAUUAUGGGCAUGCAUGUGAUAGUCAACAAGAAAGUUAACACAAAAUAUUCUUUAAAAAAAGAAUUAUUACAAAAGAAAAUGAGGAGACCUAAAAUCUUAUAGAAUUGUUGUUCAUGAUUGCCCUAUUGUAUGAUAUGAAAGCAAUAUUAUAGUCCUUGCUAUAGUCUACCAAAAAAAUUUCCAUGUGAAAAAUUCUAUUACUAUUCUUGAAAGUGUUUUCAUGUAUAAUAUCGAAGUCAGAAUCUAGGUUGUUUAUAUUUGAUCUAAAAAAACUAUUUUUUUUAUUCAUGUAAAAGCAUGUAUAGAUGUUUAUAUUGCACUUAAAUUGGGUAUAUUUAUUUAUUCAUUUAUUUAUUAUCAUUGCUAUAGUCUACAAAAUAAUUUGUCCAUGU